AUGGGUGGACUCUACACGCUGCACCAGGUAUGCAUGACGCUUGUGGCCCUCGUCGGUGUCACGGCUGCGGUCCUCAGCUUUGUCACCACCACAUUUGCCUUUGGCGAGCUCGGCGCGCUGCGCGCAACGCUUACUUCGCUCGGCGCCUUUGCCUAUCUCUUUGUCCUCUCGGUGCUGUUGCUGCUCGCCGCGGCGUUUGGUGCGCUCCAGCCGCUGCUUUGGCUCGGCUGUCUCGGCAGCUUCACGGGCAGUGGGCUCUACGCCACGUACCUCGGCUUGCUCAUCUACACGUUCCUCGGCGGCGCGGCGUAUGGGCUUCCGAUGAGCGUCUUUUGCAUUGCCGUCGGCGUCCUCAGCAUCGUCUUGGGCCUCGCGUGGAAAGAGCGCGAUACUGCGACCUACUACUCCCUCGUCAAUUGA